AUGGAGCUAAUACAACAGUACUCAUCUAGUGAAGAAUCUGACGAGGAAUCUCUCAACCGAAACGUUACUGAUAUCCCAUUGAACCAAGAACUUGAAAAUCAUCCUGUCACCUUAGAAAUUUUCCUGGAAAAACACCACACAACCAUGCUGCAAUCGUGGGGAACAAUCUUACUUUCAGUUUGGAGAGCCCCUCCAUUAGCAAAAACUAAAUUAAAACAAGCAUGCCAUCGUGUUCUUGAACAACUUCCUGCGAUAGCUCAAAACUACAAGGUAGAACCAUUGUACAAUGAGACAUUCAGGGGAUAUUCUCAAACGCCAAUUCACAUUUCAUACAGUUUACCUUUAUUUAUCAACAAUAGAGAUUCAAACCUAGCAAAGCAAAUAUUGAGUGAGGAAACGAAAAGGUUAAAAAUUCCUUCCAGUUUGGUACACCAAGAAGCUGUGGAUAAAUCGAAUCCACUUCUGUCAAUAUUGCAAAAGAACCCUAAAAAGGUAGUGAGAUUGAAAUUUGAUAAGAAAAUGCUCUUGUUGCCAGGUGAUCGAGGUUUUAACAACCAAAUAUACUUGUGUGCCAGAAUACAGCAAACUCCUGAUACUAGAGAAUUUUUUCAGGCGAUAGACGACGGCAUCUUACGUCGACUUUUUGCAGAAUGUGAUGUUGAGGCAUUUGGCACCAAAACAAAGGGACUCGAACAUAUCUCUAUUUUGAAGGGAAGGGUUAUCACGAAGCCAUUUUCAGAAGAAUCAUUAAAACAAUUAAGUGAGCAGUUGGAACAGAUUGAUUUAAGUGAUCUACUUGGAGACAUUAAUGUCGAUCUUGAUAGAAUCGAGCUUGAUACAGGAGCGCUGACGACCGAAGUUCAGGCAAGAUUAUUCACAUAA